ACACCCACCCCCCCCCCACCCUCACCCCCACCCUGUACACUCCUUCCUUUCAUCCGCGUCUUUCAGUCGUCGUCUAAAUCAGCCACAAGCCUUUUGAGUCCGGCCACACCACGAAAAUACAAAUCGACCUAAAACAUAAAGACUGCGCGGAAGAUUCUCACAUGACUGACGAUGGUUUUUUGAAGAUAUUUGUUGAAACGCUGAGAUGCUCCACGCUGUGUUCACGGGAGCAGAAAGCAGAAGAUGAGUCUUUUCUCUGGUUCGGAGGAGGCUGUGCUGCUGCUGCUGUGUGGGGGAGUGGGUUACAUCCUGUGGCGUUUCCUGUGUUUGUAAACUAGACGCUGUGGAAAACGUCGGGUGAGUUAGGCUAAAAGGUACAUGCACAUCUUUUCAUUUUUCCUCUUAUUCUCUGUAUUUCUCUGACCUGCUGUUUACUUUCUAAUUACCCAUGCUCGUGAUCGGCAGUGGAUAGACUUUCCUAAAACAUCACCGUCAACGUUAGCCAUUGCUAAGUUGCUAACAAACGUUAGCUUAAUGAUCGGGAGGGGGAGGCACUGACGACGGCCAUCACGAAUGUCUUUAUCGUCCAAUCUUGUCUUCAACGAUUGAAGCCUCUAUAUUUUAUCGUCGAGAAAAAGAUGAAAGGUUAAUUUUCCACUCUGUAUGGGAUAUAAAUUCUGUGCAGUUUUCUUUUCGGUGACCAGGUGGGCAAAAAUAGGUUGCUCGAUUUUCUGACAUUUUAGUGAACGAGGGCGCCAGCGAGCAGCUAGCUAUUAGCUUUUAGCAUGCUAGCUAGUGUUAGCCAGCUUGUUCAACAUCAGCAAAACUAACGAUUGGUUUGGGUGGUAAUGCGAAGGCCAGCUCACAUAGUGCAUGGAAAUGUUAAAUAUCACAGUAACAGCAUUCUACUGACAUGACUGCCCGCAUGCUUGCGACCGAAACAACAACUACCGAUCGAAAAUAUUGUACAACUUGACAUUAAAAAACGCUAGCUUCACACUGGCUGUGUAUUUUCAUAGCAACGUUAGCUGACCAACCAACGAGACUGGCGGGGGCUGUGUAGCGUUAAAUUGUAUCUGUACAUUCACAGGGGUAUCGUUUACCUUGGAAAUAUAACAUAAGAGAGCUAAACCCUUGAAAAUGAAGACACCCAAAUGUGUUAGAAUUAGGAGAGUUGUAUCAAAACAGGGCAGUGUUUCUGUGAGUGAAUUCGUGGCCUUCGAGAAACACAGCGUUGCUCAUUAAAACCCACACAAACUUCUGAUUUGAUAAAGCACAGACCUGGAAUCAAAUAUUUGCUUCUAUGUUUAUAUGUUGCACUUUCCAGUUAAACAUAUUUUUAGAUAUUACAGGUGAUCAGCAACAACUCUUAUCAUCAGAAAAUGUUAGACUUUACCAAGUGGUUUUCCUUUUAUUUUAACAGUAAAUUCUCAGACUUAACAUUGUCUACUUAACAAGUUGAAUAUUGAUUUCUUCUAGAGGAGAUGGCUAUGUACCAGUCAUGAAAACAAUGAUAAAACAGUAGACUUUGACUCUUAUUUUUUUCUCUCUUUUGCUUCUAACAUGAGAACCCUUGCUUCUUUGCUUGCAGUCAAACAGUAACAAAAACUAAUCAAACAUUUCAAUUAUUUUUUACUCUCAGAGUUAAGAGACAUGCUUAAUGACAGUAAAAAUUAUGGCUUGAAGAAACAAAUAAUCAACAUAUUGAUGUGAAAAGAUAAAAAAAAUACAGUGUUUCAUAUAAGUACAUUUUACUGUUACUCUGGGAGUGCUUUAGUAUUCUCUUUCUCUUUGUCUAAUUCAACAUAAUGUUCUGAAUCAAGGAAACCUUUCAAAAAUGAAAGUCAUGCUAAGCAAGUGAAUAAUACUCAAAACAUCAGUGUUUACUGAAAGAUCACAGAUACAGCAUAUGGGUAAAAUGUCAGUUCAAACAUAAGUGGAAAGAACGAUGGAUGAAAGACAUAAAUUCAGUGGUAGCCAGGGAGAAUUAAGUCGUACUGUAUUUUUAAGGCACAGAGAAAAAAAAUCUAUCUAUCUAUCUAUUUAAAUCUCUAUAUACAUCUAUACAUUUGGUUUCUUUUUUUAAAGAAAAAAUUUACAUUCCACAUUUGAUGUUGUUUCUCCCACAAGUGGCAUUACUUUUAUGAAUCUAAAGAAUUCUGGACAUCUUUUUAACUGUUUGGUUGCUGAGACUCAAGAAAAAGAAAAAAUACAGUUCAGGUAUUCUGUAAGUUUACUAAUAAGAGCAUUUGCUAAAAUACAGAUGUUUUCAUGCUGAUAACAAGAGGGUGUUUUAGUUAUUGUGGUUUUUAUUGCAACACAGCUCAGUUGAGUUGGCUGAUAAAUUUUUAUCCAACCCACAGGUUUGCACUGACUAGUAUUUUCUAGUUGUGGGAUCUUUCAGAAGUAGAAAUUUGUGGAAGUCUGUCCAAUGGUCAACUGUUGCAGCAACAAUAGUGCCAUCAAACAAUCAUAUUUGUGUGUGCCAUGUUUUUAGAUGUGUCAAUGUCAUUUUGAAGAACUGCCACUUUAACUGGAGUCAGUAGAACAUGUAAUGACAAAGACAGCCCAUGAUAGUGUGGUAAUCUAAAUGUUUGUCUGUUUCAUCCACAUCCUCCUCUUCCUCAGUUUUAAUGCUAGAUGAGUGAGGUGGGUGUGGCUUCCCACCAGCCCGACCAUCCUGACUGACGGAUCUCUGGAUGACCUUGUCCCCACCCCUGUCCCUGCGCUCACAUACACCACAGCAAUGUCACAUCUGCCCAGCAGCUCAGUCCGCGACCAUAUGAAAUGGGUUUGUUCCUUGAGACCACCAAAGUGGUUACAAAUAACUUUACUUGCAGUCUUGUGUCACUCAGGAUGUUGUCGUUGAAGGCUAACUUGGCAAAUGCCAUGUUGUCUGAAAGCUAGAUAAUUUAUCAUUGUAGAUCUCUUCGCUAAAAACAUUGUGUGAAUUGAUGAAGUGUUGUUUUUCAUUCUGUUUCUUCACAGGCGGGACUGCUCGGCUGCGAAGCUGUCCUCUCCAGCAUGGCCCUGAUGCAGGCCAGCUCCAUGGCUGCUCCACCAAAAAAAAUGAUGGCUCCACUUGGUCAUGCGCCACCGCAGAGAGAGGGACCUGACCGUGCCCCCCAGAGUCACAUGAUUCUUCCAUCUGGAAUGAGCUGUCCACCACUGGUUAGGACCCUGACAUGAACCACACACAAUUUAAACCUCCAACAUGACUUGCUUUAGUUUCAUCAGACGAGGCAUUUACCAGUAAAAUGCCAAAAAUGUAUUCCAGAAAACUAAAAAUAUAUAUAUGUGCAUGGUCUUGGAUUAGACUUGAAUGCACAUAAGGCUUUAAAGGGGACCACUUGUGCUCCUGUUAACCUCAGAUAAAUGUCUGAUAUAUUAAAAGUUUAAACCUUGCCGUUAGUGUCACAAUAAGUUGACCAUAUUCCUCAAGUAUGAAACAUUUUACUGCUGGCACAAAAUUUGCAGCUGUCAAAAAUAUAUAUCAUAAGGAUUAAAUGGAUCCUUCAAGUCAUGUUGCGAUAAUCUUGUUUUCAUUUUAAAGGUUUCUAUUAAAAGGAAUUAAUUUGAUGUUUUCCGUCUCUCUAGCUUAUCCGGAAGGAAGGUGAAUUCCAAGCUCCACGCCUCCUGGAUGAGAAGGAGAUGAGGGCCAAUGAGGACAUGCAGCAGAAAAAAAAGAACAGGAAAUCAGUAACGCCCUGUAAAGUGAGAGAACAAGAGGGAAGGGGAGGGAAGGUCAGUGGCUGUGGUCGCUAAAAAAAGGGAUUGGUCUCUGCUGUGCAUGUUGUUUUUUUUUUUUUUUUUUUUACUUGCGACAAAAACUGUUGCUAGUCGCUUCAAUUAUUUUUAAACACCUAGUUUUGUUGAGAGGCGCCUGACUUAGAGCUUUCAUGUGUGCACUUUUUGUUUGUAUGGGGGUGGGGGGAGGAGCUCAGGGAAGAUGUGGAGGGGGUGGAGGAUCUCUGGAGAGGAAAGAGGGGGAGGGGAGCAGAGCGGAGCGUAGCACAAUAACUGCAGUUGUGUGCAUAACAGGGGGAGCAGUAACAUGAGGGCAUUAGGCCACUGGGAGGGCUUAUGCAGUUCUUCACAAUUCAGAUGUUAAUUACACCUACAAAGAAAAACAACAAACCCUUGGUGCCUGCGUUUUCGCACGAGAGAUAAUUUGAGUUUCAGAAAAGGAAAAAGAACACAAAACAACAUAUGUGGGAAAAAUCGCGAGAGGCUGAUAGACAUUUUAUUUAAUAAAAACUAUCGUGAGAAUUUUGCUUUCAUCAACAGUUGUGGGUGGGUAUAUUCGACAAAUUGUACUUUUAUUUCUAUGUACAUUAUUUCCAUCAGUUUUACAAUAUGAGGCAUUUGAAACAAAUGUUGAACUCUUUUUCUCUGUUGCUGUCAUUAGGGCGCAGGUGGAGACGAGAACGGUCCAUCAUCCAAAGUGCAGAAAAACUUUAUUUGUGAUCACUGUUACGGAGCAUUUAGGAGUGGCUACCACCUGAAGAGGCAUAUCCUCAUUCAUACAGGUAUGGGUCAUGCUUGGAACAACUCAAGUUCACAGUAUAGCCACUUUUUUAUGCCUGAAUUUUGUGUGGAGAGAAGUCCUGAAAGCUUGAGUUGGACUGAAUGUAGGAGUGUGCAGCAAUUGUAAGGUUUUGCAAUGGCCUGCUUAAAACCUUGUUUGGUAAUAGCUUUUGCCUCACAGCUAAUUGGUGGUAUCUGUGGGGACUUGAACUAAAACUGGUGCUCUUCGGUUUAGGGGAGAAGCCGUAUGCUUGUGCCGUAUGUGACAUGAGGUUUAUUCAGCGUUACCACCUGGAGAGACACAGCCUCAUUCACACGGGUAUGCGUCUUUUAACCGUACCCAUAUUACAUUAAUGGGACUACAUCUGUAGUCUUUGAUCAAUGGACAGAUGUUCAGGGUUCAUUUUGUCUGUGGACAGUAAUUUCCAACAAAGCCACCCAUCAAAUCUGUUCACCACCCAAAAUAAAGCUUAGCGUUUAUUUCAUACACCCUGAUUUCCCAACAGCAGGAAAAGUUUAUGGAGGAUGAUAAACAGUGUGGUCCAAUGGUCCUGAGUCCACUAUUGAAAACUGUUGUUUAAACUUUGCAGACAAAUCAGGUGUCAACUGUUUUGAACGACUGUGAUUGGCUUUAAUGGUAAUUAGAUUUAACAGGUAAUAGUUUUAGAUAUAUAUCUGGUAGAGAGCUUGGUGCUCACGGAGGCCACAUGUAACUCACUUGAGAAUGUCAUUUACUUCUUCUGCAAAUCUGAUCUAGGACUGUCCUUAAAAACAAAUGCUCUUCAAUUUGGAUGUUGUUCGGUAUAUUCUACAUCUGGAGUAUGUUUUUAAACUUGGUUGUUGCUUAAAUGGUCAAACUAGUCAAAUCUGGUGUCCUUUGUCAAUUUGAAUUUGUUUUGUCGAUGCAAAUGGGGUCAUGUCCUACAAACAUCUGAGUGAUGCACUAGUUUUCUCAUGACCGGGUGUGGUCACUUUGAACUAUAAUUUACACCUAAACCUGAAUUUUUGCCAUGUUCUGCACCUCUGCACCAGUACAACACCUCACAUGGUGUUUUUGGGCAAUACUCCAGGUGGUUAUGGGAACAAGUCUGAAAUUUCAUGAGAGCACAACUCCUGUAUGGCUGUAUGUUUGCUUUAGAGAUGGAUUGGCGUGGGGAACUUUCCAACUAUUCAGCAAUAUCCAUUUUUGUAUUUUAAGUUUAACAAACCAGUUAUUGAAAGACCCCAAAAUAUAUUCGUCUGUACAUCCUCAGUUCCAUGAGAGUUUGGUUGCUGUGUGAAAGGAAGAUAAGGGCAGAUUUUGAUGAAAUGCAUGUUAUUUAAAAUCUUCAUUGCAUAAGAAUAAGUACAAAUACAACAUAUCAAAUGUUGAGACUGAAUAUUUCCAUUUUUAAGCUUAUGAGAUGAAACAAUUCACAAUAUUUUUCUCAUAAAAACUGAAUUGAUAAGAUUUAAGUUGUAAAAAAGGAAUUUCUUCAGACAAAAGUCAUGAAAUGCACAACAAUGCAGGUCUGUUUUUGGUGUGUUUUAACUAGUCAUUUGGAAAUGACUGUAUCCACUUCUAGUUUCUGACUUGAUAUGAAUUAUCAGAAGCGGUAAAAGAUACAAACAACAUGUAAGCAGUGUAAAAGUGUCAUUAUUCACAUGUUUGUCUGAUAAUGCUUACAAAAGACGGAGAAGAGUUUACUUUUUCACCGGUGCAGUGCUCAUGUCUUGUAGUUUCAUAUACAUGAAAACCCUGUUUGUAGUUACAGCUUAUCACCUCAGGAGGAGUAUCUUCAUGCUUUGGUUUCAUGAGUUCUUAAGGCAGGCGCUCUGACCCAACCCCCAGUAAACAUACCGCUGUAAGGACUUUUUAUUACUAGCAUCAAAUCUGAUACAAGCAUAGCUUUUUAAAAAACAACCAUUCAUUUUCAGGGUCAGUAUUCAAGUUGGCGUCACACUGUUUUCAUUUAGUGUAGUAUUUGAAUGACUUCUAUCAAAGAUCUGCUUUUAUCAACCAUUGACACAGAGGCCCAACCUUGUGUUUAUAACUGGGGUUGUUUUACUAUUAUAGAUUUUAGGUGAACUUGCUUUGUGCUGUUAUGGUCUUUGAGAUAUUGUUUUUUUAUAUCAGAACUAAAACAGAUAUCCUAGAUAGACCUAGGAUAGGGAAAAUAAGUCUUGCUCAAAUUACUUCAAACUGUUCUGUAAACAAGACUUUUUGGUAGUGGACUUCAAAUUGGACUCAAACUUGUGGACCCUAGUGUGUGUUUGUGACAGCCUCCAAGCACAGGCCGCCAAAGACAUUUGAGAUUACUUACCUAAAACAAGACAGAACAAAAAACAAAACAACAAGACAAUGUUUGAAUGUAAUUUUUGCUUUAUCAGUAACUAUAACUGCAUGGACAUCAAAGGACUAUGUUAGUAAUUGAUUGUACAGUGAACAAAGGGACAAAUGAGGAAUUAAAUUCAAAUUUGUGUUGCACCGUUUCACAUAAAUGUCUUUGUUUUUCAUUAUUAAGAAGUUUGCUGUGGGUAAGUCAACUUCCACCCAAAUACUUUUCAAAGUCAGUGGCUCCACUUCAGUAUUCAAUCUUUAAAAACAUCAGUUCUUAACUAAUGACAACCACCUCUCAGCAUCUCAGCUGACAUUGCUACACAUGUGUACGUAUCUUUAAAUCUACAACCUCCUCUAAUUAAUUUUAAGCUGUUGCUUCUUGUUGUAAAAGUGCAUCUGUUCUAUCGUUUUCUGCUUAAAGCCAACUAGACAUUUUUUGUUGUCCCCAUUUUGUUGGUUAGACCUAAAAGCUAAUAACUUUAUGCUCUGUGUGUGUAGGAGUGAAGCCGUACGCUUGUUCCAUGUGUGACAUGAGGUUUUUCCAGCGUUACCACCUGGAGAGACACAGACUCACUCAUACGGGUAUGCGUCCUCUUACCGUGCCCAUUUCAAAUUUAAAAAACUGCAAAUUAAGUAGUUUCACUGACAAGAAUAUUUCAGUUAAUGUAGGCAUUGGAAAAAAGUAUCAACAAAGAUUUUACCAACAUUGAUAGGAGAGUUUUCUGACAUAAUAACAGAAACUGCUCCUGUGGACCACUCAAAGUGUAUUUACCCUCUUGUACCAUUGCUGCUCAACAACCAUUGGCUAUUACCUGUCAGUACUUACCUGCGUGACAUGAAAUACAAUCGUAAGGGAAUUUUUAAAGGAAUUUGUUCAAAUUUUGGGUGAAAAGGGACAUACUUUCAUACACACAGUGUAGAGAUAAGUUGACAGGACACGAUGGAACAAGGACAUUAUGGAAAUAAGAUUCAAAACGUCUUUUCGUGGGAAUCACAAACUUUGUUGUUUUGAGAAAAUCUGCUAAAUCUUUAUCUCUUAAGUAUUGAUGAUUUUGAGUUUGCUGUUUGUUUCAGUGCCUCCUUGUCUGAUUCCAUUAUAAAGAAGUUGCUGUCAGCCAUGGUAUACUAUGGGAAUAGUCCUUUGAUGUCCACCUCCAUUUAGACUAUUCAGUCAAUUUAGAGCCGCCCAGCAAACGAGUCUAAGCUGCAAUUGUAUGGCUUUUGGAGUAUUUGUGUAUGUGUUUUUCAUGCUGUUGCCCAGUUUCUUGCAAAGAUGUUUCUGCUGUGAGUGUAUGGCGGAGAUCAGAUUGGAAGCUUUUGACACUUGAGGCAGAUCUUCAGUGUGAAAGGCUGGAGGACAAGCACUUUUUAGGCUUUCAAAGCCAACCUAAAUUUAGCUAAUAGGCAUUUCAUCUGUUUUAACUUGCAGUAAGUGACAACAAAUAUGCUAUACAAGGAGUUAAAAAAUGCUGUUGACAAUAUUAGUAGUGAAUGUAGGAGAAGCUUGUUCGUGUUUCAGCUUCAGCUGGCCAGUGUGAUCACCGUCGUAGACCGUAUUCUGCUAUUGCUUACAUUUGUGUACUGUUUCAUUCAUGCUUGGCUUUAAUGUCAUCAGUUUGCUGCCAAACUGAAUGCUCUACAUGAUAAAAGACAGUCAAGCUUAAGUAAAACAAAUCGCCGCUUGCCAUAAAGCUUAACAGGGAUCUAAAAUGUUUGCUGGGUUCUUUUGAUUGAUUGUCUGUGAAUCAUGCUUUCCUUUGAUGCUUAAGGAACAUCGUAGCUAAUAUGUCGAUACUUUGUGUAUGUAGGGGUGAAGCCGUACGCUUGCUCCAUGUGUGACAUGAGGUUCUUCCAACGUUACCAUCUGGCAAGACACAGCCUCACUCAUACUGGUAUGCGUCUGGUGAUCCUAGCUCAUGACUUAGUGGAGUUUUAAAAGUGCUUAUUUUUAAAAUUUAUAUUCACAGCACUGUAUAAACACUGUGUUGGGAAUUGAGUGAUUUGAAAUGAUGAUGAAAAUUCUGACAUUCUCAUUUAGAAACCAAGUAAUGUAUCCAGACAUGUGUAAGGAUUGUAUUGUGUAGAUCCUGAGUAUAAACAUGCAUACAUAAUGGGGCACUUUAUAGAAGUAAACAACUUCAGCUGUUCCACAGCUGAAUGCUCUACUUUCUCCUGCCAGCUUUAGUCCUAUUUUUAUUUUAAACAUAGUUUAUUUUGUUGAUUUAAAUCAGACUCAGUCUGAUAUCAAGGACUGGUAAACAAGCACGUGUUUUCAGGCCAUCUGUGUAACCUGCAGUUGUAGAAGAAGAGCUUUUCAGAGGGAAAAGUUGAUGGCUUUGUGAUAAAUCUGUUUUUCCCCCCCUGUCUGGCUUAUGUUGAAAUACUUUUUAUGUGUGUAGGGGUGAAGCCAUACGCUUGCUCCAUGUGUGACAUGAGAUUUUUCCAACGCUACCACUUGGCAAGACACAGCCUCACUCACACGGGUACAAGUUCCCAUUUUCUUUUCUCCAAUGAAGCCUAAAUACCCAUUAUACCUGAGAUUGUUUGCCCCUUGUUUAAUAGACAUAUUAAUUUAGGUUUCUAAAACUUAAGAUAAACACAAUUUUUUUAAUAGCUGGGGCAUGCUAAAGGAGUGCUUAACCUUUAAAGCUUUGUUUCCAAAUCAUAGCACCUCCCAUUUUCCCAUCAGUGUCUGUAAACUAAUCCUCAACUUGUGUGCCAAGACCUUUUCAGUGUUUCCUUUAAUUGCAAACAUUGAAAAUCAAGGCUCAGUUAAGUAAAUCUAUGUUCUUGAUCAGCUCCCUUUUCAAGCAUGUGAAUUAGAGGAUCUUGGCCAAACCCAUGAAGUGUCAUUCUUACCCAUGUUACAGCUUUUGGCAUGUCUGGAUACAUAAUUUAACUGAGUGAGUCCUGUCCAGCUUAUUGUGUUGUUUUUUGUUUUAAAUUUUUUUACAAAAUAUUGUGCUCUGUGUGUGCAGGGGUGAAGCCAUAUGCUUGCUCCAUGUGUGACAUGAGAUUUUUCCAGAGAUACCACCUGGCCAGACACACUCUCACUCAUACGGGUAGAAGUUUUACUUGUCCCUUUUACCUGAAGCAUCAGAGUGUACUCACUGUAUUUGUCAAAUGUUCUUUUAUAAUGAAGUCUGAGUUAUUUCUUCUUUGUAAAGUGACCAGAUAUUGAUACAUUUAAAUCAAAUACUACUGUGUGUAUACUGACAUAUGUAUGUGUACAUAGUUAAUGAGAACACUUUCCUAAAGUUUGGUACUGUAUGCGUUUAGGGGUGAAGCCAUACGCUUGCUCCAUGUGUGACAUGAGGUUCUUCCAGCGUUACCAUUUGGCAAGACACAGCCUCACUCAUACUGGUAUGCUUGAAUUGCUUCCUUUUCCCUAUGAAACUUUUAGCCUAAAUGCCAUACACAUUUUCUCUGUCAAGCCCCCUUUACAAAGAAUCUACUUAAACUGUUUUAAUAGAGUUUCUAGGCUUUGUUGGAAAACUGUCCACUGAAAAAGUGACCCUGUUUGUCAGUUACCUUUUUUGAACAGUAUAUAAUGGUACAAUUGCAUGUGUAUUGUUGAGUAAUCAAUGAAAUACUCCAUGAAAGACACAUUACACUAAAAGAGUUUGAAUCCAAGCUUUAGUAGAGUAUAUUGUUGAAAAAAAGACUUUUGAGAAGAUUUUCUGUACGGUUAGAAUGAAGAAGGUGCAUCCUGAAUAUUCAGCAACUUGAAGAAAGUUUCCACAUGACAUGGAUUUUGCAUAGUUGACUGUUAGUGACAAUAUUGUAUGAUUUGUGACUAAAAUUGUGACUAAAAAGUAUUCUAAGGUGACUUAUUUUCUGGUCAUUGAAACAGAAACUUAAGUCCCAACUAGCUUACUAGUCUGUAGGUAAGAAAAUGAGAAAGCUUGCAAAAUUAAGCACAACAUUUUUAAAACAGCCAAACCUGGGGGAGUAUGCAGGUUAACAAUGUGAAAUGAAUUUGCAGAAAUUAGCAGAGCUAGCAUCAUCAGCCUUCAAUCCCCCCUGCAGGUUAACAUCCACAUGCAUGUGCUGGUUACCCUUUUGUUGGGUUGGGUUGACCAAAAACAGUCUGCAUACAUCUCCAAUUCCUGCAUUGAAUUACUGCCAAACCAGGUUGUGCUACAAAGUACCUUUGGUCAUCCAUCCGUGCUUGUUUACAUCCAGGUAGUAGAGUAUCAUAGCUAAUAGCAGUUUCAAGCAACUUUAGUUAUCGCCAAGACCAGUGGCUGGUUGCUGUGCUACAACUUUUUUAUGACAUAUGAUUGGCUUUUCAGGCCUUCAUUAACAGAAAUAUUAAUAACUGGUGACAAUGUUGAAGCAUUCAGUCAACUGUCUAAACUCUAUUCGUUCAUGGUCUCAUGUUGCACUUGAUGAGUAUCAGCUGACUCUUAGUCUUUUGGUGUAAUGUGUCUGAUAUAAUCUUUUCUACGUUAAGCAUGCAACAAUAAAAAAAAACAAAUCAUGAUGUAGUUAACUUUACCUUUAAGUUGAACUGCGUUUAACUUUGCUGUACUCUGUUUAGGGGUGAAGCCGUAUGCUUGUACCAUGUGUGACAUGAGGUUCAUACAACGUUACCAGCUGGAAAGACACAGUCUUACACAUACAGGUAUGUUUUUUUUUCUAAAUGUUGGCUCUGACAAGUCUACUACUGACUUUGGCUUGCAUGCGCUUCACAAUUAAGUUCAUUUGGCUGCUUCAAACUCAGAUUUGAAAUGCUUUCUAUCACUCUCAGUAACCAAGUUGAAUGCUUCAUGUAUUAUUUACAAGAAGCUCUGUAAGUGCUGGCUAACAACUCCUGCACCCAUACUUUGUAUAUGAAAUGACAUUUCCACUCAGAAGUUAUACUUACCACGUAUAAGCGUGAGUAUUUGGGCAGCACAAUAGUAAAAACCUAUUGUGAAAAACAUAAGUUUGGUCAGUGCAGGAAAAAAAUGACACAUUAUCAAUCUGAUCAACAAAAGGCAUUUCCCUGAAGCAGCUGCAGUUGUGUGAAUUAUUUCAAAGACGAUCUAUUCUGGAUUUGUAGAUUUCAGCCAGUCUUAAACAAGGUUGGCUGUAUCUCAGUAUAGAAGACUCCAGGAUUAUAUACAUCAUCUAAAGGCACAGAGUCUGGCUCAUUUGGAAGCGGGUACAAAAAGGGUUUUUAAAAUUCUGAAUCGGGGAGUUUUGUUUGUCACGCAGCCUAGUCAUGUGGGUCACAGUUAAUGAAGAUAGUGCUUUAUAUUAGGCUUACAUGUAGCUAAAAUUAAAAAGGUUUCAUAUUUUUAUCACCGAAAGUUCAAACAUACAACUCAAGAGCUGACUGCUCACACAGCUUUGCAAUUGUGUCAUUUCAGAUUCAAAGUUAUGGUGAGAAAAUAACAACAACAUCCAACUGUUAUGAAUUAUUAGGUCUUCCUGUUCAUCAUAAUUAUCAGACUUGAUGUGAGGAAAUGCUAUUAUUCUUUUAUUUUUGAGCAUAAAGAGGAAAAAAAGCUAAUGGUUUAUUCACCUCUGUAACAAACUAGUGUAAGUGUGAUGAUUUUCAGAGCAGUAUUUGUUAACAACAGUUGAGUGCUGUGCAAACGAAUGGGAAAUCUUAUUGUGUUGUACAUAGCUUUUAAACAACUGCCUAAAAUUGUCUGACUUCUGCGAUCAGCGUCACAAAAAUUCAAAUGACAAACCUGGUCUGGAAAUCAGAUUGAAGAAUGAUCAAAUUCUAUAAACACAGUCACGUAUUGGCGUCACAUGAAUCUGUUAGUUGAAACAUGGACACUUAAGACUUUUACUUAAACUCUGGUCAUUUAGCAGUUUUGUAGGAACAACAAAAAGGGAUUUUCCUCGUACUCAAAAUCUUGAUAUCACGACCCAAAUUUGCUGUUUUCAACCUUUGCAGUAUACCUUUGCCACAUCCAGUUCAACACAAAUCCAAUGUGAACAGCCAUUCCCAAUUGGACCUCAAGAUGUUGAUAAAACAUACUGGAUUUGCCAGUGUAAAUGAAGCGCUGAUGAGUGCAAUCAAACUUUCCUGAGCAAUUAGUAAAGUUUGACACCGAUCAUUUUCGGCAGUUGAUUGUUCCUUGCUAAAGUUGGUACUUUGUGUGCAUAGGGGUGAAGCCGUACGCUUGCACCAUGUGUGACAAGAGGUUUUUUCAGCGCUACCACCUGGCGAGACACAGCCUCACUCAUAUGGGUAGGCGCCUGCCAAUCUUAACCAAGUCCUUCGAUUGAGCUGAUGCAACAUCUGUGUGCUUGAUUAAGUCCUAAUCAUCUGUAUUUCUGCACAUUUACGACUUAACUGUUAUACAGAGAAAGAUGACAUCUUCACAUCAUCAUCUCAUGUGUUGUGAUGUGUUGGUAGAUUGAAGAUCCCAUCUGUGAAUUUGGUAUCUGAAACUAGUUCUCUAUUAUACCAUGUACCCUUUUUUCAUUUUGGGUAUGACAUUGGUUAUUAACCACAGUUAUAAAUUCAGUUCAGACUAGAACGCCUCACAUAUUAAAAACAGUUGUUUGUUUUGUCUUACUUGCAGAGGCUUAAAAUUAAUUGUCUUGAUGCUCUGCGUUUAGGUGUGAAACCUUAUGCUUGCACCAUGUGUGACAUGAAGUUUUUUCAGCGUUACCACCUGGCGAGACACAGCCUCACUCAUACGGGUAUGGGUCCGUGCACCGAGCCCAUGACAUUCAGUGUUAGAAAACAGUGUGCACAUUCAAGCUUUCUUAUUUCACUACAGACAGAUACUUUUACACACUUAAGCUGGCCAUUAACAGGAGAACAGGAUAUUGGUUUUGAAUGAUUUUGUUGAUUUAUGAUUCUUGGUAAACAUGAAAGUAUUAAAUGCAGACAAGCUAAAAGAAGAUCACAUUCAAGCAGUUUCUGUGUUUUUGCAUGAAUUGGAAAUAGUGUGGUUAAUAACCAAUAGCGUAGGUGUAAAUUUCUAAAUCUAAAAAAGAAAAGUCGAGGCAAAGUAAUAAAAUACUGCUACUUUGCAUUUAGGUGUGAAACCUUAUGCUUGCACCAUGUGUGACAAGAGGUUUUUUCAGCGCUACCACCUGGCGAGACACAGCCUCACUCAUAUGGGUAGGCGCCCGCCCACCGUACCUUUGUCACUAAGAUGUCAUAAGAGAGUCAGCCUCCUGAAUAGUCUCCAUUCUUAUUCUCAGCCAAGAAACGUUUAUUGAGCCUGUCUUAAGUUACGUUCACAAAUCCAACACAUAAGCUGGUCUUAAUGUGGACAAAUCUGACUGCAGCAUCAUCAGCUCAUGUAAUGUGUUUAAGUUGUGGAUUUAAAAUUUGGUUUCUACAGUUAAAUGUGUUUAUAAAUGGACUUUGAUGAGAAAUUACAGUAACACUGCGCUUAUUGCUCCCAAAAAUUGAAAUUGAAACAAUCUGUAAGAAAGUGGUUAACUACCCAUCAACUCUGAACAGAUAUUUAUAGUUUAUUUCCUGAUGGAUUGUGAACUCAAAAAAUACAGUAGACUGGAAAUAAUACCUUAAUGCUCUGCAUUUAGGUGUGAAACCUUUUGCUUGCACCAUGUGUGACAUGAGGUUUGUUCAGCGUUACCACCUGGCGAGACACAGCCUCACUCAUACGGGUAUGCGUCAGUGCACCUGCCCUCCUCACAUUGUGAAAUUCAUGAUUUCAUAGUCUUUGUCUUUUGUCACACCUACUAAUCAAACCUACUCCAAACAGACAACACAGUUCUCAGGAUCGGCAAGUUGGAAGUGUAUAAACUGUAGAGCAGAAUAGUUUGAUGUUUCCUUGACUCUCAGACCAUAAACUCCCUGGGCCGUAUUCCUAAAGAUUCUUGGUGCAAAGAGUUGCUUUAGUGGCCAAAUUCUAAGAAAAUUCUUAAAAUCAUGAUGUUUUCUAAAAAUUUCCCCUAAAAGUGAAGAAUAGAUCCUAGAAAUGAUCAAAGUUAUUCCUGAAGAAUCCCAGCUCCUAAGGUGAGAUCUGUUAAGCGCAGGGAAGAGGAGUUCCCUAAGCAGAGGACAAAAUGGCGAAUGGAAGAGGCAGGAGAGAUAUUCUCCAAACACUGGAUGACUGUGAAUUAAUGAAACACUACAGAUUGGAACAUGCAGGAAUUAUUAUUGUGGUUGAUCUCACUAGAGAUGCACUUACUUCCCCAACCCAAGCCACAAUGCUAUACCACCGGAAAUGAAACCCAUCGAAACGCUGCUUCUCAUGGGCCGGUCAGCAAUCACACACAUUGAGUAUAGCUGAGCCAUUUUACCUUCAUUAAUACCAGAUUGAGUCGAAAUGUUGAAAGUGCAAAAACUACCAGCAUUGCAAUUAAUAUAAGCAAAUAAAUAUAACCACCACUUUGUGAUUACUGUGCAAGUUUUCACAAAUUUUGUAGGAUUAUUUUAAAGUAUAGCUUACUAUUUAUUUAUCAGAUAUUUUCUUUUAUGUGAAAUAUAAUUUACAAUUACACAGUCUUCAUAAUAUUAAAUUCUAGGAUUACAUUUAUUGAUUUGAGGGUCCAUCCUUUGCCCGUUAUCACCAAAAGUAUAUUUUUUAUCUAGCUUUUAGGAUCAACCAAUCACAGCUUUUGAAAUAAUGACUCAUACCAAGCAACGGGGUCAACCACACCUCCUGACUAAGUUAGGAAUUUCUGUCCAUUCCUCUGAGAAUUUUCAGGAAUCUCUCCUAAGCUAAUACCACCACCAAAGUCAGCUCUCGGAGCUGAAAAUGACGUCGUACUUGAGUUACCAGCAUUUUAGUUACAAAGUCGGGAAAAAGCAAAAUCGGAGGCAGAAACAAGAUGGCUACAUCUACAAAAGUUAUUUUAGCUCUUGUCUUGUCUUUGCCUAUAUCUGAACAAGGCAGGCGCUAAAAUAACUUUCGUAUACAUAGCCAUCUUGUUUCCACCUACAACUUUGCUUUUUUCCAACUUGGUUACUGAAACGCUGGGAACUCGGGUGUGACGUCAUUUUCAGCCCAGACUUCUGACUUCCGAGGUAACUCGAACGCAGCAUAAGACUCCUUGCCAGGAAAAUUAGGUCAAGUUAGGAGCUCUCUGAGAAGAUUCUCAGAAUCUUUAGGAAUAUGGGCCCCAAUCAAUAAAAACUUACAGUUUAAAAAAAAAAUAGCGCUGUCAUAGAAAGAGAGUGUAGAUAAUUUCCCAUCCACCAUGAGCCCGUCUACAUUAAUCAUAAACUCAACUGUCACUUAAAUUCACUUUUACGUGACUUUCAGUUAGGUUAAAUCAAAGUAUGUUUUAAUAGGAACAGAGAAAGAAGAGUAAAAAAUACAAUAGUCAGAAUUCAUGGGCCAAUAAAAGUGAAGAUGCUGACUAUAAUUUUCCUUUAGACUAAUCAUGGGUAAUCAUUCUGAUUCCUGUUCACAGCUAAAUUCUGUAGUUUUCUUUGCAUACAGAAGUAGAUGUACAUUUCACACAUCUUGUUUUUGCAUGAAUUGGAAAUUGUGUGCUUAUUACAGAGAGUGUAGGUGUGUUGGAAAAAGAAGUCGAGGCAAAGUAAUAAAAUAUUACCACUUUGCGUUUAGGUGUGAAACCUUAUGCUUGCACCAUGUGUGACAAGAGGUUUUUUCAGCGCUACCACCUGGCGAGACACAGCCUCACUCAUAUGGGUAGGCGCCCGCCCACCAUACCCAUGUCACACAGACUGUCUUAUACUUCACAUGCAGACAGACUCACUGAGUGCUGUCUGAAGCAGUUAUUCGAAAGUUCAUCUGCAGAAACCAGUGCAGUAUGUUUCUAGUGUUAAGGCAAGAGUGUGUUAUGAGUAAAUGCCACAUAUAGGUCUCCACAUGCGAGAGAUAACAGGACCGUGGCAUCAUCAGCUCAUGUGAUGUGUUUAGCUGUGGAUCUGAAAUUUGAUGGACAGAGUUUAAUGUUUUAAUUGAAUUGAUUAAAACCCAAUAAGAGAUGAUAAGUGGUUAACAACCCAUCAAUUUUAAGAUUCUUGAAAUCAACAAUGAUUGAUGGAUUGUGACAAAUACACAACAAGUCUCGAAUAUAAUGCCUCCAUGCUCUGCGUUUAGGUGUGAAACCUUUUGCUUGCACCAUGUGUGACAUGAGGUUUGUUCAGCGUUACCACCUGGCGAGACACAGCCUCACUCAUACGGGUAUGGGUCCGUCCACCUGCCCUCCUCACAUUAUAGCGACCACAAUUUACUUCUUCUCUUCUUAUUGACAGGUUGCACAAAUCUCUGGGUAAAGUCAAAUUAUGGAAUAUUUGCGCUGUUGGAAUUUAAAAAAAAAAAAAACAUCAAACAUGAAAAAUGUUGAAUUGUUUGUCCACUGAAUCCGCAAGUUAAAAUUAUUCUGAUUUUGUUGUCGUUUUUGUGUACCAGUAGAUGACAUGUUUACCACCAAUAUUGACAACAAAAAACUAUUAACCUCAGUUUUCAAAUUUAAGAAAAACAUGGAAUUCAAAUUAUCCCAUGAAUGCUCUCCUUUUCCCGGUUGUUGAAUCAUUAGAGUAGAUUGAGCUGUUUCUCGAUUGUUGUUUAAAAACUUGCAUCAAGACAUCAUAAAAUGAAAACUAGCUCGGUAAUAUAUUUGUAAUGUUAGUAUAGCUGCAAUCAAAGGAGAGGAUGCUUGAAUCGUCUUUGAAUUGAUGUGAAGUUUGUCUAUUUCAACAGAAAGUCCUGUGAUCAACCAUCAUUUGCACACAGAAAAUAUGACAGAUAUGGAUAUUUUUGUUUAGCACCAGACAUUUUAGAGUUUUAAUCUGUGCAAAUAACUCACUGUACUGUAUUUACGGUUUGCAUUUUGUUUGCAUGACACCUUUUCCACACAUUUGAUAAAAUAGAAAUGCACAUUAGAUACUAAGAAAUGAUGAGCUGUUUUCUCAGUGUUAGCUUGAGCUUUAAAGUUGUAUUUCUUGUGCCUGUGAGUGGCAGGGCUAAUAUAUUGCUCUGUGUGUGUAGGGGUGAAGCCGUAUGCUUGUUCCAUGUGUGACAUGAGAUUUAUUCAGCGUAACCACCUGGAGAGACACAGCCUCACUCAUACGGGUAUGCGCUCCUUUGUUACUGCGUACCCUUACCGCUGAGAGGCUCUGGCGUUUGGGGUCACAACAAAAUUUGAGUCUGUAAUGUCAAGUCAUUUGAUGGGAUGUUGAACCAGCCUCAAAAUACUCGCCCCAUUUUUGGGGGUCAAAAUGCUGCGUAGAUCUGGGCCAUGAAAACAACAAGACAUUUCCACUCUGAUCUACACAUAAUGAGUUGAUGACGAGGCCUUUAAGAACAUCAGUUUUACACUGUCAAAAUUAACUCAUAGGGCAGGUUUCUCCAACUUUUUGUACGUGUUGGAAAUAUAGUUUGCCAAUACCAGAUGGGUGGCGUAAAAUGUCAAAAGUGUUUUAACCAGACACCUAAAUUGAUGCAUUGACUGUGUAUCUGUGUGCUCUUCUAGGAGAGAAGCCAUUUGCUUGUGACAUGUGUGAUAUGAGGUUUAUCCAGCGCUACCACCUUGAGAGACACAAGCGUGUACACAGUGGGGAGAAACCUUACCAGUGUGAACGCUGUCAGCAGGUAUGUGCAUGUGUAAACAAACCAAAAUCACUGCCAUUUCAUAGUUUGACUAUUCAUGUGUUGUCCUAUGCAAGCUUAAAUUAGUUUAAUUUAUACCAAGUACGACAGCCAGAAUCCCACCAGAUUAGCGUUUGGUCUGUAUCUGUUUGCGUCCACUUUGAGAGGGCUCCAGAUUGCCUGGGCUGAGACCAAGCAGAAAUGCAGGGCAGCGGAGACAGUGGAGGUAUACACAGUGAUUAAAAUAAAAACCUAUCUGCUCAUGUCAGGCAGAAACAUGCUGCCCUAACAUUUGUCACAGGGGCUAGGGUUUAAAAAAGUAACAAAAGAAGUUGCUCCUGUCAGGGACGAUGAAUUAUCUUAGCCAGCAGGUAAAGCUCUACAGUCUGCCUCCAGAACCAAGAUGAAGUGGGACAAAAGUGGGGUUUCAGGGUGAAGGCCUUAAAGAGACAAGUGCUCAUAGGCUUGGUAUAGACCUUGAAUUCACUUAUGAAACUGCACAAAGAGCAAGUUUAAGGGACUGAUUUUGAAUUAUGAAUAAGCUAGCCUUGAAGAGUCUUAUAGACGAGCAUCAGGGGUCCUUGUCUGGAUUUAUAGCUGUUAAAAAACAUAGAUGUCAAUGAUUGAUUUAAUCACAUCCACUUUUUGUUUUGCAGAACUUUUCACGGACAGAUCGGCUGUUGCGACAUCGGCGGUUGUGCCAGGGUCGCAGUGUAGCUAAAGUAGAGAACCAGCCAUGCUGCGAACCACGCCCGUACCCCCAAGAACCCCCACCUGCACCCCCAACCUGGAGUCCCCUACACCCUCCCCCGGGGCGGCUGGCAGUCUGACAUUCCAUCCUCCCCUCACCAACAACACCACCAGAGUCGGGACAAACCACAGGGUUUCUUCUUCUCAGCUCUGUGCAGAGUGACGCCCUGCUCUAGCACAGGCUGAUCAAGCAGCUCCGCUGUCGGGAUUACUAAUGACAGAGGGACAUAUGUGUUCUUGUUUUGUUGACUUUUUACUGUGAUUCCUUUUCUCCCCAGUUUUUUUUUUAAAGAUGAGACUCUUCUGUGAUGAACAGUGGUCCUGUUUUGUACUUAAUCUACUAGAUUUUUGAAAAAAAAAAAAAAAGCUUUUAUUGUUGUUCAGAUAUAUCUCCAUUUGGUGGUACUCAAAAGGGCAUUGGGUAUUGUUUAUCCUGAUGUGUGAGCAUCAAAAUGGGAUUAUUAAGUGGUGAGAAAACGUAUUUGCGCUUGUUUCUAAUGAGGCCCAUUUUGCCUCCAAAUGAUUGCCUACUCUUACAAACUGGAAUUUCCCUCCAUGUAGGACGAAGAAACGACUUCAUGAACCUCUUUAUUCGACCAGAUACUGCUUUAUUUAAAGGCUAACAAGGGGAUGAGCUCUAAAACAGAUUACUCAGUAUUAUCUGGUCGGUGAUUACAUACAGCACGAUUUCACUGACUCUCUCUGUACAUGACAGAUCGUCAAUGGUUACUUUAUGUAAAUAAUGGAUAAUGUUUAUUAUUUUUUAUGAACAGUUUUUUUUUUUAAAUAAACAAAAAUGGGCAAAAAAGAAACAGAAAAUUAGAAAAGGUUCACAUACGGUUUCUUGCCACUGUUACAGUAACAACCAGAGGAGAUCUGGGUAACUUUGGAGUGUGUUAAUUAUAAGAAGAAAUGUCAAACUGUGAACCAGGACUUCCAAGAAGGGGAUGGUGAGAGGAUGCUCUAUGUGGAACACAAAGAGAUCAAUCCCAGGAGUACUAAGUGUGUGUUUCACCCAUAGUCUGUAUAUAGCAUGGACAACAAGACUCCGCCUCCCUUCAUUGUACGAAUUUGAAACCAAACUGCUCUCGGUAUUUACAGGAUUUUCUCAAACUGGCAUUUGCGAAGUAGAGUUCGGCUGUAUCAAGUGUCAAUCAUAAAAAACACGAACCCCUAAAUAACUUUUUUAAAUGGUGCUGCACAGAAAAAAGAGGACUUGAGCACAAACCAGUCUGACAGUAACUACAUGUCAACAUCACAACCAGGGGUGAGAAAAAUGUAUAUUCUGUAUAAUAAAUUCCCAAAGUUUGUCCACAACUCCAUUAAGUUUGCUGAAGGAGGUGGGCUUUAUGACCUAUACUGCAGCCCCUCACCAGGGGGUGCUAUUUUCGUGGAGGCUUCACCCACCGAGGAGGCAGACGGCGUCCAUUCUAUAUGCAGUCUAUGGUCUCACCUGUGUUUGUGUGAGGACUAAGGAAGUGGUUCAGGAUGGCAGCCUUGGCAGGUCAUCCCAAACCUACUGAGAGUUGUGCUGAUGUGUGCUCAGCUGAGAUCAGAGCUCUGUCCAUACAUCCUGGUCGAAAGCAGGUUGGCCACCGUAAGUCCCAUAGUGUUGUUUGUACAGACUCUCACAUCAGAGUGAGACAAGCGGGGUAUACAAAAUCUUGUGGCCUUAGUGUGUUUCUUUUUUUCAUUUGCCUUUUUUUUCAGCUGUUUAUUAUUGUGGGUCAGAUAUAUUUACUAAGACGAGACAGCCUUUCAUCAUCACGGUAUGUUUUUUUUCUUCUUUUUUUGAUAUCCGAUCGCUGUCGUAGUUACAGAAUGUUGACAGCUUCAGUGGCGUUAACGCAAACUCACAUGAGGAAGGUUGUGCUUUGAUGAAAAGGAAUUUUCUGGGUCAUUUUUACUGAUUACGGUGUAACAGUUACAGAGUCCUGGGGAGCGUGAGGGCUUCUACAGUCAUGGUCCUUGUGAGAAGCCAAUCGUGCGAAGUUGUUUCCCUCUGCAGUGCUUUGGUGAAACGCAGCCUGAGUGGAAUCAGGACGUGCUCGACUCUACUACACACUAACAAUUGCCUUUUUAUCCAGAUAUUAUGUGGUUGGUGUGUAAUAAUGGAUGUCUGUCAUGUCAUUGGGUUUAGCCUUAAGUAAGUGCGGAUACACAAAUAAUCAUUGUAGUACUAAACGAUAUUGUAACAAACAGUUUCUUUUACCUAUGAUGAACUUUGGUCUUACUGUGUGAAAGUCUGUCGACGGUCAGAGCUGGUUGAUCUGGGCCUCUUCGCUGCCCAUGGAUAGAUUUCUCAAACUUGAUCCUUCUGUGAUUGGCGAUCAGAUGACGCUGAGUGUGCAGAUUGGUCUUCUAGACUGAGCGUACAUUUAUAUGUAGAUAUCAUAGCUGUUCCUGUACACUAUAAAGAUGGCUGAAAACGUACUGUUUCACAGAGGCUUCGAUAAGCAUCUGACUCGAUGUGGAUAUUUAACCCCAGAGUGGGUCAUGUUGUCUCUCAUUUGUCCGAUGGGCAUUUUUUUUUGUUUGAUUCUGAAACAAGGCAGCUUGUUACCCGGUUGCGUUAUAUUUUACAUUGUUGUUUUCUUUAGAAUGACGUCCUGAAAUGGUCCAUUGAGAUAAAGUCAAAGUUGUGUUGUGGUUCAACAGUGUACAGAGAUGAGAUUUGGUUUUGACUUACAUGUUGAGAUCAGGACAAACCAGUUGCACAAAAAAGGGUCAAGUUUGAGAAACGUGUAAAUUUGCUCUGGGAACAUAAUUCCUGAUCUGUGGAAGUGAAGCUGCGAGCACAAGCAUACAUAUUGAAAAGGCUAAAGGGCAAUACAGUUUAUAGAUAACGUCACUUGUUAAUACAUUUUUGUCAUUUAUUGUUUUUUGGUAAUAUCAAUCUCAUUGUUUAAAAUGCAAUAGAAUCCUUGAGUUUCAGAUAAUUUGUUUAUAAGAUUGAGGUUCCUCUUUUUCCUUUUGAGCAGAUCCAACAAUUACUUUGAGAAUUUUCUCAACACAUUUUGGUGUUUUUUUUUUUUUCAAGGACCUUUUUUAUUCUUAUGAAAUUGUAAACACUGGAGCAAAAGGAAAAAAAAGACAAAAAAGACAGAAGUGGAUAUUUUUUUUCCUUCAGACUGUACUAGAUUUUAGGUUUUAGACAAAGCCUAUUUCUCCUCAACUUGAUAUGGCAGGUGAACAGAAAACUUUGGAUCAGUACAGUUGAAAGCCCAGUAUGUUUUCUAAUUCUGACAUUAGAGGCAGUAGAACCACAAGAAAAUGUUUUUUUCUUACACAAGGUCCCUGGUAUUUGUAGUAAAUUAUAUUGAUAAUGGUAUUAGAUGAACAACAGCAUAACAGUAGCUAUCACAGAUUAGUUGUUUUCUUUAUUAGUCUUGCAUGCAGAGUUAUGGUCCUCAGUUAAGAUAGGAUCUUGAUAUUGAUUAUUUUGUGUAGGAAAAUGAGUGCAUAAGAAUAACUUCCUAAAAAAUUGUUACAAUGAUUAUUGUAAAAUGGGCUAACUAAUAUGUACCCUUGUGAUCCAAUUAGUUUCAAGUAUAUGAAAAUCAGAGGAGAGGCUUCUUACUAUUAUGCUGAAAUAAAAAAAAUGUAAAGGACGUCUGCAUACUGACUGGCUGUGUUUGAUUCAUUUUUAUCUUUUG